GAGAGAAACACACGUUAAAACCAUACUGCCUCUACUGAUCCUUUGCGCACAACCACACAGUAACUAACAUACGCCACUGCUCUUCUCGCCGUUCGUCAAACUCAGACUAACACGUGGCCAAUCUACGUCAAAUCGCCAACCCCGUGCGCAAAAAAUUGCAGCAGCGAUCGGUUCCGGAAAAGAAGAAGAUGACGUCUGACGGCGCGACGUCGACGUCAGCAGCAGCAGCGAUGGCGGCGACGAGGAGGAAACCGUCGUGGAGAGAGAGGGAGAACAACCGGAGGAGGGAGAGGAGGAGGAGAGCCGUAGCGGCGAAGAUCUACACCGGUCUGAGAGCUCAAGGCAACUACAAUCUUCCCAAGCACUGCGACAACAAUGAAGUUCUCAAGGCGCUUUGCUCCGAAGCUGGUUGGAUCGUUGAAGAAGACGGCACCACUUAUCGCAAGGGACACAAGCCUUCUCCUCCUCUACCUGGUGACGUGGCUGGGUCAUCCUCACGAGCCACACCUUACUCCUCUUCCUAUAACCAAAGCCCAUUCGAAAGUCCCAUCCUUUCUUACCAAGUCAGUCCAUCGUCUUCCUCCUUCCCUAGCCCUUCUCGUGGUGGCGACAACAUCUCCACCAUCUUCCCUUUCCUCAGGAACGGUGGGAUGAUCCCUUCCUCUCUUCCUCCGCUCAGAAUCUCAAACAGCGCACCCGUCACUCCACCCGUCUCAUCUCCAACAUCUAAACACCACCCAAAGCCGUUAUUACCCGCUUGGGAGUCUUUCACCAAACAGUCAAUGUCCAUUGCUGCUAAACAGUCGAUUUCGUCGUCUUUCAACUACCCGUUCUACGCGGUCUCUGCGCCGGCGAGUCCCACUCAUCAUCGCCAGUUCAAUGCUCCCCCGGCUACUAUACCUGAGUGCGACGAGUCUGACGCUUCCACUGUUGAUUCUGGUCACUGGAUAAGCUUUCAGAAGUUCUCACAGCAACAGCCGUUCCUCGGCGUCUCUGCAGUAGUGCCGGCCUCUCCUACUUUCAAUCUUGUGAGACCGCCUGUGCCUCAGCAGUUAUCUCCAAACGCUGCAGCGACACGAGAGAUUGGUCAAAGCUCGGAGUUUAAAUUUGAGAACAGGCAAGUGAAGCCAUGGGAAGGGGAGAGGAUCCAUGAUGUCGCUAUGGAGGAUCUUGAGCUCACUCUUGGAAACGCUAAAGGUCAUUAGUUGAUAAAAAGAAAAAAAAAGCCUUUGUGGCGAUGUUUGAGUGUUAGUGUGUUGUUGAGUUAUUGGUUUUUGGUUCUUGUACCAGUGAGUUUGAUUCAGAAGGCAUUAUUUUGUAGAUAGAAUGUUUAAGAUGCAUGUUUCUAGUACAUUCAUUCCUCUUAGGUCUUGUAAGAGAUUACAAUUUAUUUUUUUAAUUUUAAGUGGCUUCAACUAGAA